AGGUGAGGUGCGCAUUCCAUGUCCCCCGGCGACCCUCCACCACGCAGGUCGCUGCGCCGUCGCCUCCCGCACGCGCCCCAGCCACCACGUGCGCACAUAUGCGCCUCCACCGCCCACUACCUCAAUCCAUUCCUCCUCGCAAUAACGCGAUCUUAAGUGAUUAGAACAAGUGAUCUUCAGUAACGAGUUCGCGCCGUAAUUCAGCUUGAGUUCGCGCUGUGAUUCAGCUUGUUUUUGGUGUGUUGGGCCAUCGGGACGAACGACAUCCUCAAGUGGAAAGACACGUCCUCGGUAAAUCAUCUAGUCGGUGAAGCUAGUCACUAACAGCGGUGGAAAGCCGCCAGAACAAUACUGUUCCAGUGAGGAGGUGUUCGCUGGAGGGUGUCUUGGGCGCCGGCGUGUGUUCGUCCAGCGACCGAGCGAGGAAAGUGAAGAUCAUUGAGUGACAGCAGAGUCUUCAAGCCUCCUCUCACCGGACACGAGGUGUAACGACGAGAGGACACAGCCGCAUCUACAGUGUGACCCAGCCUGCCCCGUCGGCUUCUCCUUCGGCGCCAGUGUGGACCUCCUUUACUUGCUUCAGUGUGUUGGCAUUUCUCCCACAAUGCAGUCGACGCCGGCAGGAGGCUUCAACGUGUACCCUCGGGCACCCGUGUCUGUGGUGCCUCCGUCGCUCCUCACCUACCAGAUGCUGGCGUCACAGCCUCCGAGAGAACCAGCGCCUCAGUACCCUCUACUUCACUCCUCCUUCUUCCUACCCAUACACCACAGUCGGAGCCCCGUCUUACCCCCUCACUCCCCGAAGGAGGGAGACGAGGGGAAGCCUCAUCUUGGUGCAUCCGCCAAGAGCUCUCCAGCAUCGUCGCCACAGAUAGCCUCCCCGCCCCCUACCCACACGUCCCUCAGGGUCACGGCCGUCAUAGACACGACACACAGACAUUCUCACACACAUUUUGAAAAAGCCGCAACGGACAGAAUCUCGGUAAACGACAGCAGCGACAGGAAGGAACUUCCACUCGAUCUCACCACGAGGAAAAGAUCUGAGAGACACGAGAGAUUUGUCCCGCUGAACGAGUUAGAGAAGGACGACAAGGCCGUAGUAAACGACAGGGAUAGUUUAUCAGACAGACAGGAAGACACAAAGUCUGAAGUCAUUAAGCCUCGACCUCGCCACGAUCAUCCGUUCCUUCGAAUAAGCGAUUUGUUAAAGGACUCUCCGUCGAGCGGUCCGGCUCCUGCCCCUCCACAACCGGCACCAGAACCCCCUGCUAAGCUGCCCCUAGUGUACCCUCGACCCCUGCACCCCGCCGCUAUACUAGACAUGUACCGUAAUCUAGAUCGCUCUGCUUUCAUGGCCGGAGGCUGCAUCCCCUCGACACGAUACCCGUUGUUUACCUCUCUCUUCCCUCAGGCCGGCCUUUCUGUCGCCAGUAUGACUCCAGCGACUCGCGCAGUCGGACUAGAUUUCUACAAAAGUCACCUACCUGGGACGACACGACCUUACGGUGACCUCCCGAGGCCCUACAGUGACUUACUGACUCCGCAUGUAGUUCGCACAGCCAAGGAUCGAUACACAUGUAAGUUCUGCGGAAAGGUGUUCCCGCGAUCUGCCAACCUGACCCGCCACCUGAGGACUCACACCGGGGAGCAGCCCUACAAGUGUAAGUACUGCGAGCGCUCCUUCAGCAUCUCGUCCAACCUCCAGCGUCACGUGCGCAACAUCCACAACAAGGAAAAACCCUUCAAGUGUCCGCUGUGUGACCGCUGUUUCGGCCAGCAGACCAACCUUGACCGCCACCUCAAGAAGCACGAGGAAGAAGGCUCCAAUCCUCCAGAUUCCCCCGACGCGCCAGACUCCAGUGGCGUCGCCGUCGAGAAAAUGGAUAAUGCAGACUUCAUUGUCAACAGAGUCGAAGGUGCUGGCGACGAAAUGGUGAAUGUGGAUAUAAUGACAGUGUCAGAGUCUCGCUCUCCUGUCAACAGCGACAGUGGCAAAAAUCUAUCGGACGUAGGCGACUCUAGGAACCUAGGAACAGCGAUGGAUGCGACGGAAGGCGAACCCGCUCAGAAACGUGUUAGAUUAGAAUAGCUCACUGUUCCUUAGCACUUUUAUGCUAUUAGCAUUAAGACGAACUUUAGACUCUGAACUUAGAGAUGCUCAUCAAUUUCAGUCAUCAGCUUUCAGUGUGCAGAAACGGCGCUGUGAUCAUUUUAUCACUGAAGUGAGCAAAUAUGUAUUGGACGAAGCUUAGAGUUUCCGUUUAUCCUACACACAACAUGUAUUCUAGUCAGUUGUUGUACCUCACAAAAGACUUCCUCGCUGCUGUGUUGACGCGUCCAGGCGAUCUGACCACUGGCGGUAGUAACGUCCGGUCCACCAGAGUGCCUUGAUCUCCCGGUGCUCCCGGCAGACGUGGUGCUGUACAGCACUCCUGAGGUCGCCGUGUAGUGUACAGGAAGCAACUUCUGUUUCAUACUCAAAUCCACUUUAGAUUUAGAUAAGAUGCAUAGCAAAUUUUAUCUAGAUCUAAGACCGUGUACUACGUCGUACACGACUGUUCAGGGACAAGAUCUAACGGAAAAAUGUGUACAAAAGAGAAUGGCCAUCACAGUUCUCACUUAAGUCAUAGAAGACUACUUGUGAAGACCACCAAACUCUCUACUUCUCUCUCUCUCUCUCUCUCUCUCUCUCUCUCUCUCUCUCUCUCUCUCUCUCUCUCUCUCUCUCUCUCCUCGCCCCCAACAACAAGUCAGUCAGCUACACAAUAGGAACAAAUAGUUUAAUAAAAAAGUUGUUCUACAAACGAAUCUACAUGAAGAUGUUUUAUUUUUCAAUUUCACGGAAUCCUAAAACAAAAUAAAAAGUGAAUUGUAUAUAUUAUUUUUUAG